UAUAGGGUUUUUAUAGGGUAUUUUAUAAAAGCCCAAUAACACUAAAUGAAAAUACUAAGGGUCAAAAAAAAAAUACCCACUUUAGGUUGCCAAAAAAAUCUCAGAAAUUAAAAAUUAAUGCCAGAAAAAAAAAUACCAACGCCUUUUCUUUCUCUUUCCUCCUCCAUACUCGAUUUAUCGAAGGUUUCUCUCUCCUCCAUACUUGAUCUAUCGACUCUCUCCUCCUCCAUACUCGAUCUAUCGAAAGUUUCUCUCUCCUCCUCCAUGCUCUAUCUAUCGAAGGUUUCUCAGGUAUUUACGUUAAAACCCUAGUUUAUUUAGGGGCAAAAUUAAUCAAGUGUGGACUCUGAAAGAGAUUAUUUAAGAUGAUAUUGAACCUAUUGUUAACAUUGAUGUGAUUGUCUAGAAUCUGUUAAGUAGAUAACAACAAUUCCCCUUUCAAAAGUUUGUCAGAAAAUGCAAAAAUUUCAAUUGGGUCUGUCGGAAAUCGGAAAUCGGAAAUUUUCAAAUUUAAACUCGGUAUGUAAGAAAUUUCAAAUUUCAAUUGGAGGUGUCGGGGUGUUUGGUUUAUGUUAAGGUUUGAUUUUGAGUUGUUUAUGAUAUCGCACGUACCUCUCAAAACGAAACAAUAAGAACCGAAGGCCAAGAAAAUUUGUUUAAGAAUCUUCAUGAGUUCAGGUGAUGUAUUGGAUCUGCAGAGUGAUCUCCGGAAUCCGUAUGAAUACAAUGCAACGCUGAGAGAUAAGUUUAUUAGUGCUCAGAUUAGGCUUGCUGAUUUAGAAACACAUACUUCAUUUGCAAAGGGGAAUUGAAAAGCUUAGGAGGGGAUAUGUAUUAUGGCAUUCAGUAUUUAACUUAGUGAUGCAUUUACUACGGAACAUUUAGCAUUUAGUAUUCAAAUGUAUAUUUCCUAUUCAAGUACUUAGCAUAAUUCUUACUUCAUUUCAGAGCGUAGUUAUCAAGCCUGAAACACUCUUUGAGGUUAAUAUAUACAUACAUGAAACACAAGUUAGUUAAACAUUUUUUGUCACAUAGACCAACAACUUGUUGGAGGAGAAGUUACAACUGGUAACUUGUGGUUAUGAUCCUGACCCGCUAUAGACCCUAUUAGCUUUUGGCUAUGACCCUGACUCGACCCUGACCCUUAUGACCCUGACCCGACCCUGACCCGCUAUAGACCCUAUUAGCUUUUGUCUAUGACCCUAACCCGACCCUGACCCUUAUGACCCUGACCCUGACCCGCCCCGCAAAUGACCCGCCCCGACCCGCCCGGACCCGUCCAAUAACCAGGCCUAAUUCCGACCAUUAUUGACUAAACUGCCAAAAAUUAUGCGAACAUAUAAUUAAAUAAUCGCACGAAUUUGCAAUUAAUUACAAAAAAUCGAAAUUAAUCACCCCUUUAAUUCAUUGCAAAUUUAUAAAAUUUAACCAUGUUAACUCAUUAUUAUGGAAUUAAUUAGAGGCUCGUGAUACCACUGUUAGGUUAUGAUACAUAUAAUCAAAUAUAUUUCAUGCGGAAAAACCAUAAAGCUAGGAAUCCAAAUUAAUUGCCACAUAACAAUUAGCAUAAUUUAGGAUGCAUACUCUUUGUAGCGUGCCCUCCCUAGCUGCUCCCGGACCGAACAAGAACAAAUUUAGGACUCCAAGUGUCGUCCCUCCGUAGAUAGUCCACAGCACGUUCGGAUCCGCCUUAUAUUUAAUUAACUAGAAUUGCACCUAAGGUUUUAUGUUUAUUCGAAUUAAUUUGAGGCAAAAUUAACGUUAGUUUUAAUCCUUAAAACUAUGUGAAUACUUGAAAAUAUGUGUUCAUUAAUUGUGAAUGCCAUCACAUAUUUAUAGGGUUGGAAUAAUGGAAUUAGAAGUCUACUAGGUUUCAAGUAAUCUAAUCCUAUUAGAAUUAGACAUUAAUUAAAACUAGUAACUUAAGGAAAUUAAUCUUUUAAAUCUAAUCCUAGUUGAUUAAGGAUUUGAUGCAUGCACGAACUUCAACACACACACGCGCACGGCCCACAAGGAGAGCUGAACAUGCGCGCGCGCGCGGAGAAGCCCAGAGCGCUGCAGCCUCGUUUAGAGAACCGUUUUGAAUUUUUGCACCUCGAAGGAGUCGCCACCAAACUAUAUUUUAAGGUCUCGUUUGGUGAGACCGUAAAUGACUCUAUUUUCGGAUAAGGCUUUGAAUCCUAGAAACGGAUGGGUGAGAUCCGGGCUCGGGAACGUAAAUGCUUAUUCGGCGAGCUUUAGAAAUAUUCAAGUACGUUGGCACAACAUUAUUUCGAAAAUAUACCCUAGAUUAGACUAUGUGGGUUUGAAUUAGAGCAAUUAGAAUUUCUAAUUGUAUGGUGGUCACUAUGCUUUAAAGAUUGAUUUAAAGAACCUAAGGCCGGUUUGUCCAAGAAAUUAUCUUUGUUAAGCGUGAUGUAACCUUUGUAUUUUGUUGUAUUUAGCAUGUGCGGUGAUGAAAGCAAUAACGCAAAUAAAGCAACAUCACAAUACUAAAUAAAGUGCGGAAUUAGUAAAUACAAGACCCCCUAGAAAUGGACUAGGGAGUGGGUCUACAUUGCCUAGAAAUGGACUAGGCAAGUAAAGAUGCGGAAUUGAAAGUGCGGAAUUGAAAUUGCGAUAUUGAAAGUACGGUAUUGAAAGUGCGAUAUUGAAAUUGCGGUGAUGAAAGUGCGAUAUUGAAAGGUGCGAUAUUGAAAUUGAAAUAUUGAAAGGUGCAUAAUUGAAACUUGUACUUGGGAACAUGAGAUCCGAACGCCAAGCGGCUCCUUAAAAAUAAGUGCGCCCGACACGAAUUCAAAGCCAAAAAUCUCGACUUGGGAGAGGUUGCUCAACCCAAAUGUCCUAGAUUUUGCAUAUUAGACUUGAAAUUGAAAGCUUGAGUAUUGAAAUGUUUGAACUUGAAAUGAUUGAAACUUGAACUUGAAAUGAUCCUAGUUUAGAGAGGUAAUUAUGAACAACCCUAAACAUGGUAGGAUCUUGAAAUUUGAAAACAUGAAUUUGUAUAUUGAAAAAUGGAGUCUUGAAUCUCAAAAGACUAAACCUUUAAAUGAUAAAAAGGUGUCACCUUUGAUUACUCCAUACUUGAAGGUGAUUCUAGUUCAAAGAGAUGAAUGCAAGCAACUUUGAACAUCCUUGAAUCUUGAAAGUUUGUAUUUUGUAUUUUGAAAAAGUUUGUAUUUUUGAAAAAAACAUGUAUGAUUGUUGCAAGUGGUGUUAUUUAUGGCAAAAAACACCAACUUGCUAAUCAUUUGAAAUCAAAAUAGCAUGAUUAAUUCAAAUGGGAUUCGGAUUUACCUAGUUAGGUUUAGGCAAGAGCUCCCAAUUGCUUAGAUUUUAGGAAUUUUUGUAUUGAUUUUUGAGGAGUUUUGAGUUGUAUUGAGUGGCGUAAUGUCAAAAUUACGACGUUGUAUUGUUGUGCCCCCCUUUUUUCGAUGGAAAUGAGGGGUAUUUAUAGGAGGAAAUGGUGCAAAACGCCAUCACACGCUAGCGCGUGGCGCCAGGCCAGCGCUGCGCGCUACUGACGUGGCUUGAGUGCCGCCAAAGCAAGGACGGGGAAUCGUCCUUGUUUCGUUUUGUAGUGCUAUACCCAUUGUACGAAUUGUACUAGGUUUGGCGUCUUGUAUUUGCUUGGAGGUUAAGGCAUUGUUUAGCGUAUAAAAACAAGCCUUUCUCGGGUUUUUGAAUUCCGGUUUUACGGGUCGGGGCCCCGCAUGCUCGGUUUUGUGGGUCGGCGCCAGAAUUUAACUUGCCUUAUAUGAUUUGGAGUGGAAAAGGCCUAGUAAAACCAAUGGGAUGGUCCACUAGUUGAGAUUGUAUUAGAUUUUGAAAUUGGAUUUUGGAAUUUGUAUUUUGUACCGAGUUACGGGAGGGGAACGGCCUCGGGGAUUGGAUUUUGGAGAUGUUCUUAGCAAUUGGGAUUUCCGCCUUGAGUUACUCCAAUUACCUAGCAAGGAUAAUGGUAUCGUCAUCAUCCCAAAGGGGAGACACAAAUUAGGUGUCUACAGAAGCCCCCACUUUGACUGAGCGUUCGGUUAGGAAAGAGCAAGUCAAAGUAUUUCGAAAGGGACGGAGAAUGAUCAAUAUGUUCUGCAAUCAAGACCAUUUUUUGUACGCCGGUACCUGCAUAAAACAAGCGUUAGAAAAAAGGAUAGAGUCUACCUCGAUGGGGUGGUGAUGACUCCGGUUUGUACUUGUAUUUUUCCGCCUUCAGUUCAGGACGGAUCUUGGCAUCAAAAAUUUUGAAUCUUGAAUUUUUGAAUCUUGAACUUUUGAAUUUUUAAUUCCCGGAGUUGAUCCGUUGGGGAUGUGAUUUGCUGGGGAUAAGAGCUUUUUACUGGCCCUUAGAUUUUGAAAUUUCGACUGACUUUCCUGGAGCUUGGGUCCGUUGGGAGUUGGACGUCUGAGUCGUUGUAUUUUUUGGACUUUGUAUUCUUGAAAUAUUCAUCUGUUUGUACUUGGAGAUACAGGCGUAUACCCGUAUUUUCGAUAGAUAGUUCGAUGCGACGUUUGAUGCUUGGUGUGGAAGACCGUAGCAGCAAAGGACGUGCAAUCAGCACGGGAGACCGCGCGCGCUACAGAUUCGCGCAUGCAACAGGGCAGCGCAGCGCGCUGGGGCGGUGCUUGGCGCGGGGUUGAGCUUUAAAAUCUCCCCUUGCUGUGCCAUAUUGAGGCACACUUCACUUGAAUUCUUUGCUCUUUUCUCUCUCAAAGGUCGAUUAAGCUCUUCCCUUGGUCUUGUUCUUGCCUUGUCCAUGUAAGUUUUUCAUGUUUUGCUUAUGAAAUAACUCUAGGAUUGCAUGUAGUCUUGAUUUUUCGUACUUUGAAAUGAUGCUUGUAUGCUUAAGCUCCUUGAAUCUUGUAGAAAACUGUUUGAUAGCCACUUGAACUUGAAUUGUUGGAACUUUGUAGAUUUGAAUUUUUUAAUUCUCGAAAUUUUGAAUUUGUAUCUGCUUCGGCAUGGAUAGCCUAGGCGUUGAUGUAGAACUUGUAUACUUGCUUCGGCGUGGGUAGCCUAGGCGUUGGUGUAGAACUUGAAUACCUGCUUCAGCGUGGGUAGCCUAGGCGUUCGUGUAGAACUUGAAUACCUGCUUCAGCGUGGGUAGCCUAAGCGUUGGUGUAGGAAUUUGUAUCUUGAACUAGAGGUCCACUGGGGAUUUUGUUUCGGAUCUUUUGACUUCCUAUAGGCCAGUAUAGGAUAGCCCCCAAUUUAAAAUUUUGACACUUUGUAUGCUACUUGAUUUAGUAUGCCUCGUCACACUCGGAGGAAGCUCGAUGAAUUAUCUGUGGUUCGAGCCGCCGAGGAAGACGCUUCGGAUGAUGAAGCGGCUGCAAUCAAUGCGCCAGGUGGGGGUAUGGUUCCCCGAGAUGCGCCUGCUUUUGUUGGUAUUGGUUGGACUCCUUCCGACCUGGUGUUCCGGCCGGAUUGGCAUUUGUCUCAGCGGCCUCGCGCUGGCAUGGUGAGUCUUGUGCUGUGUUUUCUUUGUAAUUGUAUAGGUCUUGAGCUAACUCGUUCACCGGUAGGCAGCAAGAAAAUCGUUUCGUACUUACUGGUCCUUGGCGGAGGUUCAGAGGGCCUUUAAAGCUCUUUGCGCUGAUGAGGAAGCUAUGAAGAUUUGGUCGCAGAUGGGCCUGGCCGAUUUCUGGCGUACCAUGGGAGGUUCUUGGAAGAGAACGGGGAUAAAAAACCUUUUGUGGGCUUUGUUAGAGCUGUGGUUGGAUACCACUAACACUUUCCACAUGGCAUGGGGGGAGAUCACCAUUACCCCUCUUGAGUUUGCUUUGAUUACAGGUCUUCCUUUUUCUGAGAGGAAUGUGACCUUUGACAUAGAGCUGACGUGGCGCUCGGCCGCUGCUAGGGACUUGCUCGGCCCUGUUGUUGACUUGUCUGAUGAUGAUGUUCAUGCUUCCGUGACGAUGCUUGUGGAUGCCAUCUGCGGUGGGGAUGUGUUCGCAGAGCAGAAGGUUAGGCUCUUCCUCCUAGCCUUGGUGAGUAGAGUGAUGGCCCCGAGUAGGAACAGUCGGGUGCACAUCAAGUUCUUGUCCGCUCUGCGGGACUUGAGAGCUUUUUCGAGCUAUAACUGGGGUGGCUUGGCAUACAGCCACCUUUUGUAUGAGAUGACACGGGCCUCCCAGACUGCACUGGGGAGCGACCCGAGCAUGGCUGCUCUGCGGAGCGUGCUGGAGAUUUGGAUCUAUGAGCACUUUCCGACUUUGGCACCGGAGCGUACUAGAGAUGCGGCUUACCCGUAUGCUGCCUCUUGGAUAGGAGCGGUGCGCGUUGGUGCGUCUCUGGCGGCUUCUCGCAGGGCUUGGAGAGCUCCGUCCGCUGAGAAUGUGGUAUGGCGUCCUUUUGCCAACGCGGUUGUACCUGUCUCGGCUGCUCGUGCCCAUUUCCUAUCUGGGCGGCGGGUUUUGCUUCCAGGGGUGUACCGCCACAUGUGGUAUCUGGGGGAUCGAGUGAUCCUUCAACAUCAUUCAGAGGAUAGGCUUGUCCCAAAGGAUCCACCAGAGUCGAUGCUGGCUCUUGAUGAAGAUCUCGCCCGGCUCUAUGCGGAGGCUAGGGGCGAGGCUGUUUGUCGCUCUUGGAGGGAGUUUGUACACAAGAAGGGUAGCUAUGAUGACUUCCUGAGGAGGCUGGCUCCACCAGUACGCUUCGUACUGCUGGUGAACUUUUGAGCCUUGUAUCUUGUAUUCUUGUAUUCUUGUAUUCUUGUAUUGAUUGCACGAUUGUAUGAUUGUAUGUAAGAGGAGGAGGUUGAUCCUGAGGACAUUCCUCAUGCUGAUAGGAUCCUCCGCUAUGAGAACUCGGACGGGGAAGAGGUGGUGGAGACCAUUCCUUGGGCUUCUCCUCCGCACUGGAAAUCGUAUGAUGUUGUACCAGAGCAUUACGCCCCUGCGCCUCGGGCGAGAGUGCGUCGCUGGAUGCUCUUGCUUGAUUCUUGGAAGAGGCAGUGUGCCAAGCUGACCCGGAAGCUUUCUGGCCGGAAUAGAGAGGAGCGCCGUCGAGACCGUGGAGAUUCCGCUGACAGAGAGCCUCAGGCGGAGACGUCCUCGAGGCAGGAGGGACCGAGCUUGGAGCUGGGAUAGGGGCCCGGUGCUGGUGCUCAUCAGAGGCAUUCUGAAGCUGAGCGGGGAGCUUCCACUUUUGUACAUGUUGAUCCCACCAGGCAUUGGUUUGGAGGUGCUAGCGGUUCACGGCCCUUUGUUCCUCCUUCCGUUUACUACUUCGGAGGAAGUGGUCCUCAGCCUUGGGGUGCAGGUCCAUGGGCUUGCUAUGCGGAGAUGGAGAGGAUGCGUCAUACUCAGAUGUUUUGGUCGUAUCCGUAUAUGCCUAUGCCGCCGCCUUAUCAGUAUUCCUCCCCUCAGCAGGGAGUCCAUCCCUCUACCGGCACACUUCGUAUUUCGGAGGAGGAUCCUAGUACCCUUGGGACGGAGCUGGAUCGGGAGCUGGAGCGCCUUAGGAGGCGUAGCAGGGACAAGGGACCAGUGAUUGAUGUCACCGUUGAUGAUGAUUCAGACUGACCCUGCAUGGUAGCGAGUUCCAGCUUGCCUGGGUUGAUUUUGUAUAGGCUGGAUUGUAUUGUAUUUGUAUGGAUUUGUAUGGUUUGAAACUUGAAUUUUGUAUGGUUGAACUGGUUUUUAACUUUGAAUUGGUUUAAAAUUUUUGGAGAUUGGCUUUGUAUAUUUGGAUGCCUGAAAUUGUAUGCGUUGU